AGUCACCAUUGACUUACGUAUCCCCGCUAUAAGAAGUUUCUUCAUUAUUAUUUCUCUUUACACACAAUCUUAAUUAAUCUCUACUUUGCAAACCAUCAAUCAUCUAUGAUGAAAAUCAAGCCAGUCCGAUCAGUUUUGGGGAUCAUGCCAUUACUAUACUUAAACUGGCUUUGCCUUUGUAAUCAUGUAUUUGUGGUUUCUGGCCUUUCUCUUGAUGAUCAGAAAUCUUUGCUAAUCCAACUUAAAAACAACCUCUCAUUCCUGCCAGAAGAUAGCACCAAGCUGAAGUCAUGGGAUCCAAGUGAUGAUUGUUGUGCAUGGAUGGGGGUAACAUGUGACAAGGAGGGACAUGUUACUGGUCUUGAUCUCAGUGGAGAAUCAUUCUCUGGUGGAUUUAACCAUUCAAGCAGUCUUUUCAAUCCCAACACCUCAUGAAUCUGAAUUUGGCUGAUAAUGCUUUUGACAUCCUUCCAUCCGGAUUCAACAAGUUAAAGAAUUUAGCUUACCUGAAUUUGUCACAUGCUGGCUUUAGGGGGCAGAUUCCAUCAGUCAUUAUUCUAGAUGGCAACGGUUUUUCAACCCCGGUGCCAGAGACAUUUUCCAAUUUAAAAAAUCUGACUACCCUCAAUCUUGGAGAUUGCAACUUGACUGGAAGAUUUCCAUCGAAGAUCUUCCGGAUUGAAACAUUGUCAUUUAUCAACAUAUCAUUCAAUGACAAUCUUCAUGGUUUCUUUCCAGACUUCCUCUUGGGUGGAUCUCUCAAGACCAUAAAAGUCAGUGGAACAAACUUCUCUGGAACACUACCACAUAUUGGUAACCUGAGGUACUUAUCUGAAUUGGAUCUUACUGAUUGUCGAUUUAAUGAAACACUUCCCAAUUCACUGUCAAACCUCACUGAACUCACUCUCCUGGAUUUGUCAAAUAACAGCUUCACAGGUCCAUUGCCAUCAUUUGGAAUGACCGAAAAACUAACCCACCUCGACCUUUCUCAUAAUAGCUUAAGCGGUGCAAUUCCUUCAUCUCUUUUUAGGCUUCCAUUACUACAGAUUAUUCUUCUUUCAGACAACCAGUUUAGUCAGCUUGAUGAAUUCCUAAAUGUGUCUUCCUCUGUAUUGGACUUCCUCGAUUUAAGUAACAACAAUAUACCAGGACCUUUUCCUGAAUCUAUCUUCCAGCUCACUGCACUAUCAGUCCUUCGGGUUUCAUCUAACAAGUUCCAUGGACCAUUGCAGCUAAAUAAGCUUUUACUGCUCAGAUUAUUAUUUGAACUGGACAUUUCAUACAACAACUGGUCAAUCAAUGCGUAUGUGGCCUCUCCUUUUCCCCUCCUUGGCAGUCUAUUUAUGGCAUCCUGCAACUUGAAAACUUUCCCUAAUUUCUUGAGAUAUCAAUCCACAUUACUCGGUUUAGACCUUUCAAGGAACCAUAUUCAAGGAAUAGUGCCCAACUGGCUUUGGAAGUUAAAAGAUUUUGCAAUACUUAAUAUUUCGAGCAAUUUGUUGACUGAUUUGGAAGAACCUAUGCAAAACAAUAUUUCUUCCUUGGAAAAGCUUGACCUUCAUAACAACCAACUACAGGGGUCAAUACUUAAUUUUCCUGUAAAUGCUUACUACUUGGAUUAUUCGAGGAAUAGAUUUAGCUCUGUUAUCCCACAAGAUAUCGUUAAUUACUUGUCCACAAGAUAUUAUAUCUCUCUUUCAGACAACGAAUUCUAUGGCAACAUCCCGGAUUCCCUCUGCAAUGCUACACAUCUUGAAGUGCUGGAUCUUUCAAUUAACAACUUUUCUGGAACAAUUCCAUCUUGUUUAAUGACAAAGACCGGGACACAUAGGGCAUUAAGUUUGAAGGACAACAACCUCAAAGGCACUAUCCCAGAUAUGUUUCCAGCUUCUUGUGCUCUAAGCACGCUGAAUCUCCAUGGAAAUAACUUGCAUGGGCCAAUUCCAAAAUCCCUUGCCCACUGUUCCAAAUAAGAGGUACUGGACCUUGGAAAAAAUCAUAUAACUGGUGGCUUCCCAUGCUUUUUCCAAAACAUAUCCACAAUCCGUGCACUGGUUUUGCGAAAUAACAAAUUUCAAGGUUCCCUAGGAUGUGGACAAGCCAAUAAUAAGCCUUGGAAAAUGCUUCAAAUUGUCGACAUCGCUUUUAACAACUUUAGUGGCAAACUAAAGGGACAAUAUUUUGCAAACUGGGAAACAAUGAUGCAUGAUGAAGAUCAACCAGGAUUAGAGUUUAUCCAUGAGGGAACUAUAGGAUAUAUAUAUUAUCAGGAUAGUGUGACAAUAAUCAACAAAGGUCAACAGAUGGAGUUGGUUAAGAUUCUAAGAGUCUUUACAUCCAUUGAUUUCUCAUCUAACAAGUUUGAAGGACCAAUACCAGAGGAGCUUAUGCAUUUCAUAGCACUCCAUGUUCUCAACCUUUCAAACAAUGCUCUCUCUGGUGAGAUCCCAUCCUCCAUAGGGAACCUGAAACAGCUGGAGUCAUUGGACCUCUCACAGAACUCUCUGCACGGAGAAAUUCCGGUGCAGCUUGCAAGUUUGACAUUCCUUUCUUAUCUGAACCUCUCCUUCAAUCAUUUGAAGGGGAAUAUCCCAACAAACCAACUUCAGUCAUUUCAAGCUUCUUCUUUUGAAGGCAACGAUGGACUACAUGGUCCUCCGUUGGAUGUAAAACCAGAUGAUAAAAAGCAAGAGUUGCUGACACAACCAGCAUGUAAAAGGCUAGCUUGUACAGUUGAUUGGAACUUUUUAAGUGCAGAGCUGGGAUUUGCCUUUGGCCUUGGAAUUGUCAUUGGUCCCCUCUUGUUUUGGAAGCAAUGGGCGAUAUGGUAUUGGAAACUUGUGGACCAAAUUCUUUGCUUGAUCUUCCCUCAGCUAUAUCUUGAUUAUGUAACCCAGGGAGGACAGAGGUACACUGUUCUAAGGUGGUGGCGUUAAUGAUCACAAAUAUACAUGGAAGCCUCAGCUCAGUUAGCAUUUUCUUUCUUGAUGUUCAGAAGAUAAAUCAAGGCAAGCUAGCACAUACUCAGGAUAAGCUUUAAGCUUAUGGGAGUUUCUAUACUAAGAUCACUAUUUGAACUCUAAUUUUCCAAAAGAAACGUACGUCCUUAUAAAUUUACAAGUGUUCAUUUAGAAGCAAGACAAGAGAGCUUCUAGAAGCUAACUAUGUUUAUUUGAGGCAUAUAAGCUAAUUUCAGCUUCUAAAAUCAUUUAAAUUAUGUGAAGCAAAAACCAGAAGCAAUUAUGUGGCAAUUAUGUUCAAAAUC